CUGGUGGCAGAGUCCUGCUGCGAGCAUGGCUGCAGCCGCCCCUGGUCCUGUGGAGUUGGGCUUCGCCGAGGAGGCACCGGCCUGGAGGCUGCGCAGCGAGCAGUUUCCCAGCAAAGUGGGCGGGCGGCCCGCGUGGUUGGGCUUGGCGGAGCUGCCGGGGCCCGGGGCGCUGGCGUGUGCGCGCUGCGGCCGCCCGCUCGCCUUCCUGCUGCAGGUGUACGCACCGCUGCCGGGCCGGGACGACGCCUUCCACCGCAGCCUCUUUCUCUUCUGCUGUCGCGAGCCGCCGUGCUGCGCCGGCCUGCGAGUUUUUCGUAAUCAGCUACCAAGGAACAACGCAUUCUACUCCUAUGAGCCCCCUUCUGAAACAGAAGCUUUGGGUACGGAAUGUGUGUGCCUCCAGCUCAAGUCUGGAGCCCAUCUCUGUCGGGUUUGUGGUUGCUUGGCCCCUAUGACAUGCUCUAGGUGCAAACAGGCACAUUACUGCAGCAAGGAGCAUCAGACAUUAGACUGGCGGCUGGGACACAAGCAGGCUUGUACACAGUCAGACAAAAUAGACCAUAUGGUUCCAGACCACAACUUCCUGUUUCCAGAAUUUGAAAUUGUAACAGAAACAGAAGAUGAAAUUUUGCCUGAGGUUGUGGAAAUGGAGGAUUAUUCUGAAGUUACAGGAAGCAUGGGGGGAAUUCCUGAGGAAGAACUAGAUUCCAUGGCAAAGCACGAAUCCAAGGAAGAUCACAUAUUCCAAAAGUUUAAAUCUAAAAUAGCCCUUGAACCAGAGCAGACUGUCUUCACAGGUUGACAGAGGAAAGUGAAGAGAGAAGAAACUGGCCCUGGAAGCAGUAACCUGAGUAGAGUGGGCCUGAGCCAUCUUUCAGGUGUGGGGUAUUCCAUAGGAUACACUGCCAAGCAAUGACUAAAUCUUAAAAGGUUAAUGGUCUUUCCAGUUGUCACUCAAAAGUGAAUUCUCAACAUCAGAGAUCUACACCAAGACAAACCUGAACAGAGCUGUUGUAUCAUGUUACCCUAGCAUUCUUGUUCACUCUGAAUUUUAAGAGGCCACAUCACACUCUACUACCAUUGACUUUCUGACUACAGCACAUUACACAAAGUCCUGGCCUAUGAGUUCAUACCACCUACGUGUACAUUAAGAUAUAUGGGAUCAUUUAGAGAUUCCUAUGAGGAACCAGGCUACUUUUAAGGGGGAAAUGCUGUUCAUUUUAACUUGAAGCUAAAUCAGUAAGAACCACGUAGAACUAGUAUCAUAGUCCAUAGCUGUGGAAGGAAUUUACAGCAAUUAGUGGCAAACAUGUAGAAACUGACUCAGGAAAAAGACUCAGACAGAGGUGUGAGUGUGGCUUCACAUCCCAAAUGACCAGCAAUGCUGUCUGCUCAGAAUGUAUUACAGAAAGUUCUAAAUGCCAAGGGCUUUAAAAGUAAAUGCACUAAGGCAUUUAUAAACGGCAAGGGCUAUUUGAGGAUAUCUCUAGGCAGUGUGGACGUGAAUGUACCCAGCUAGGCACUCACUUGAUUACAUCUGGGUCAAUCUUGGAAGUCCACAGAUUCAAGGCUAAGUGCCUGAUCAGUCUGGGCUAAGUGGUUGCAAGAUCCCUUCUCACUUUAAACCACUGUCUUGGUUUGUUUUGUCAACUCGACAGAGCUAGACAUAAACGGGGAGAGGGAAUCUUGAGAACAGGCUCUGUAAGACUGGCCUGUAAGCAAGUCUGGGGGGUGGGGGUGGGGGCUAUUGACUGAUGUUGGCAAGCCCAAAUCAAUGUGUGGGUGGUGCCACCCCUGGGAGUAUAAGAAAGCAGGCUGAGCAGGCCAGUAAGCAGCAUUCUCUCAUACACUAUAACUAUAUGCUGAAAUAAGCCCUUUCCUCCACAAAAGUUGCUUUUGGUCAUGGUAUUUUAUCACAAUAAAAGAAACUCUAAGAUAA